UAGCAAGCUCUAAAUUCUAACGCUUUUGAGCUCUCAACACUCUCUCUUGCACAGAGAUGGCAACGGCAACAGCAACAGUAACACUGUCAAUAACAUUGUCGGCAAUGCUACUGGCAAUGGCAUCACUGUCGUCGGAAGUGGUGAAGCCAGUUUUGGCAGAGCAGCUUCCGGUAUUUGAAGCAGGAGAUAUUUCCACAAAGCGUAUUUCAGUGGAUACUUCUCCCAAGCCCUUGUUUAUAAUUUCCCCAACUGUAGAGGGAAAUUACCCUGUCUUCUUGUUUUUUCCUGGCACCUGUAGUAGCAAUUCUGCCUACAGUCGCCUCUUCAAUCAUAUAGCUUCUCAUGGUUACAUAGUUGUUGCUCCUCAGUUAUAUACUUGCCCAGAUAUCAUUCCUACCACAAGUGAAAAUGACGAACUCAAUCACGCGGCGGAAACAGCUAACUGGUUACUCUCAGGCCUCGACGCUGCAUUACCUGAUAAUGUUAAAGGGAACCUCCAACAGCUUGCUGUUUCAGGCCACAGCAGAGGUGGAAAGGCAGCUUUUGCACUUGCUCUCGGAUAUUCCAACGUCCCCCUUCAAGUUCCCAUUUCAAUACUCGUUGGCGUAGAUCCUGUAGCGGGGUGGAGUAAAGGAUGCCGCUGUAAUCCCAAAAUUCUCACAUAUGUCCCCAACUCUUUUAACUUAUCCAUUCCUGUUACCGUAAUUGGCAGUGGGUUAGGUGAUCAGAAAUUUUUUAACAUUAUUCAUCCUUGUGCUCCCAGUGGAGUGAACCAUAAGGAGUUCUACUCGGAGAGCAAGCCUCCCAUUGGUUAUUUUGUUGCCACAGAGUAUGGUCACAUGGACAUCUUGGAUGACCAUGAACGCAUAUUUAACUUUUGCAAUGGGAAUAAUCAUAGAGAUCCACUGAGGAGAACUGUAGGUGGAAUUAUUGUGGCGUUUCUGAAUGGUUACUUUCGUUUUGAGACAAAGGACUACUUGACCAUUGCGAAUGACCCUACUGUUGCUCCAGUGGAUCUGAAUCCUGGCUUCUUCAUCAAUGAAACGCAAGAAAGCUUGGUCAAGUUGGGAGAUUCUUACAGCUUUAAGUUUGAUCUUUUUUGUAUUUUAGAUUGGGUUCCUGGUUGUCAUUCUAAUAUUGUGUAUAUGUAAAAAAAUAUCCCCUCGCGUAUGCAAUCCUCUAAGCCCUUCGUCUAGAGUUCCUUAUAUAUAUGUAUUCCUCAGUUUUUAAUAAUUAAUAACCCAGUUGUUGUAUUUUGAUUUUA